ACAUUCUGAGGUACAGAUACGUGUCAAUAAAUGUCUGGUAGGGACAGUUCAGACGCUAAAAUGUGAUUUUCAGGGGAGAGAAUCUAGACAUUCUGCUUAGUACAUUCAAAAUUACUCGAGAUCAUGAGAUCUAGAUCUUUUAUAAAUAAUCCUUUCUCCAAGGCUCAAAGUGAACAAUUUCUUUAUAGUUUGAAAAAUUUCGUACCUUAAAAAUUUUCGCGUCGCAUUUUCCAAUUCGCGAUUUUUUUCUCUUGUGAAGAUCUAGAUUGAUCAAAAGACCAGUGAAAUUGGGCUAUAAUUGAAAUUGAAAUAACAACGUCCAACUUAGUUCAACUCAUUGUUCUCUUUUAUUUAUCCAAGGAAUAAAUAGAAAUGAAGGAACUAAAGAAACUCACCAAGGUUAUCAACAAGAAUAAAAAGCUCAAGGUCUCAAUAUAUUCUUUGCUGAUCAUAACGAUAUUUGUUCAAUUCUAUCAAUCAAUUUAUGGUAUCUCUUCAUCAAAUCAUAAACUUUUCAAUACAUUGAUCAAAACACCAUCAACUACUUCAUCGUCAUUAUCUUCAAACUCAUUAUUUUCAAUCUCCAAGAAACCUUUACCAAAUAGUCUACCCAAUGAUGCUUCAUUAAGAGAACAACUACAUUUCCAAUUCCCUUACGAUUCAACAAAACCUUUCCCAAAGAUAAUAUGGCAAACUUGGAAAGUCCCAAUAACUUCACCAGAUUUCAAAUCAACCUUCCGUCGUUAUACCAAAGAAUGGGAUGAAAAAAAUCCAGACUAUUUAUAUAACGUCAUUCCUGAUUCAGCUGCACAUGAAUUAAUCAACCAUUUAUAUUCCCCAAUUCCAAAAGUCUUACAUGCUUACAACAUCUUACCCAAGACUAUCCUCAAGGCUGAUUUCUUUCGUUAUUUGAUCCUUUUCGCCCGUGGUGGUGUUUAUUCAGACAUUGACACCAUGGGGUUGAAACCAAUAGAUAAAUGGGUUUCAAACAAUCAAACAAUUUUCGAAACUCCAAAUAAUGCAGGCGUUGUUAUCGGAAUUGAAGCAGAUCCUGAUAGACCAGAUUGGAACGAUUAUUAUGCCAGAAGAAUCCAAUUCUGUCAAUGGACCAUACAGAGUAAACAAGGUCAUCCAAUGUUGGGGGAACUGAUUGCUAAAAUUACUGAAAUUACAUUGGAGAAAGAAAGAGAAGGUGUUUUGAAUAAAAUCAAAGGGAAAGAUGCAGGUGAUGAUAUAAUGAACUGGACAGGUCCAGGGAUUUUCACUGAUGAAGUUUUCAAAUAUUUGAAUGAAGUUAUAACAUUAGAUUCAUCUGUUAAAAUUAUAAAUAAGACCCCACAAAAUGAGUAUAAUCAAGGUUUAGAUAUUUUCCAGAAAGGUGUUAAUUGGAGAUUCUUCACAUUGAUGGAACACCCAAUCAUAUUGGAUGAUGUACUUGUGUUGCCAAUCACUAGUUUCAGUCCAGGUGUUGGUCAUAUGGGUUCAAAAUCUCCAAGUCAUCCUUCUGCUUAUGUUCGUCAUAUGUUUGAAGGUAGUUGGAAACCUGAUGCUGAAAGAAAUAUUAUCGUAGAUGAAGAGCCAAAAAAACCUGCAUUACAAAAUGUUGUCGUUCAAUAGAUGAUUUAUUGCUUCUCGUUUAGUACGUAGUUA